UAGCCAGUGGGAAAAUGUAUAAAAAGACCUGAGUUACGGCCGGUUCGAAUCAGUUUUGAGUUGAAUUUUGACCGGUAAAAACGGAAAUCGAGCGCGGGUUUUUCGAGGGUGUUGAAACGAAGUUUCGUGUACAAUAGUGCGUGAAUAUCAGAACGAAUUCAAAAAGGACUUUUAUGGACUCUAGUGAAUAAUUUGUGUGCGCGCGCAACUGCAGGACCCCCUUCAAGGAUCAUGAAACUACUGUUGGCCACCGGGGUGGCCCUGUUGAGUUUCUUGUCCGUCAAAUCGGACCAAUCGGACUUCAACCACAUCAACUCGGAUGGAUCGUUCAGCUUUGGUUUGAAAAACUCCGAAACUGUCGGAGGUCACUACCACACGGCCAGUGGCAACCCGAAAACCAUCGUUCGGGGCAGAUUCGGAAGUCGUCAGCCGGACACGGGCCGCGUUGAGGAAACGGUCUACACGGCUGGUCCACGGGGCUUCCGCGCCCGUGGCCCCAAGAUCCACCGCAAGCAGAACCUCUCGCAGGUCCCACGCGGUCCGAUAGGCACCCCCGAGGACCCGCAGGCCGAUCCGUACGACGAUCCGAGCUACGACUUCCAGUUCAAGACGCGCAACUAUCAACGCCGCGAGGGAGCGGAUAGCAACGGUCGCGUGAACGGGCUCUACACCUACGUGGACGAUGUUGGCGAGAAGCACUCGGUGCGCUACUCCGCCGGAUCGGGAACCGGCUUCGAGGUGGCCAACCCCGUACCGGAUGCACCCAACACGAUAGCGUACGAGAGCCCGCUGUACAAGACGCACAAACAGGUCCGCGGCAAGGUGGCGUUCGAGAGUGGACCCAGCGGUUCCGGGCAGUACAAGUUACUGUCGGUAGGUCCGGAUCAGCGGCGCUCGGAGACAACGGGUCCGGAUGGAGUGACGCGAGGUUCUUACUCUUAUCUAGAUGACAAGGGAGUUCAACGAACUGUGCAGUAUAUUGCUGGAGCAGGCAUUGGGUACAAAGUGGUUCAGAGCACGACCGGAGCCGGAAGUCAUCUGUUGGCGCAACCUGCUACCAAUUUUGGGAUCGCACACGUCGAGCAGAGCGAGGUAGCUGAUAAUAACAACCCGAGCUACAAUACGGCACCGUCAGGACCAGGGACGUUUCCUACAUCGAGCGAUCGACCGACGGCAGCAGGGUUUGAUGGGGCACGACCAUCGGGGUCGGGAGGUUCUUACGACGGAUCGAGACCUACUGGAAGCGGAUACGACGGUGCCAAACCAGAUCGUGAUGGAUACGACAGUGGAAGACCAACGGGGCCAUCAUUUGACGAUGAUUUCGAUCGUAAGAGACCAUCUCCAUCAGGAAGCAAGACCCCUCCCUCGAGCAGCACGGAUCGUCCAGAAUCUACGGAGAACAAAGUGCGAUUUCCCGACGACGAUUCCGAAUAUGGAUCAAAGCCCGCAGAUGACAGUAUCAUUGGGCUGGUCCCACCCAAGUACGACUUCGAUCCUACCGAAGACCCACCCCUCUCGGGACCGUUCGAUAUCAGCAUAUCAAGUGGACCUUCCGGCCCGUCCGGACCAGGAUAUCCCAACUUUGACGAGUCCGCGCCCGGUGCUUUCAACUCCAACGAUUUCGCCAACUACCCUGAGGUCUCCUACGACCGGAAGAAGCUGGAAGAGGACAGGAAAAAGGAUUGGCGCGAGUUCGCCAAAGAUUCAACGAUCAUCAAGAACGUCGGCGAUUGGUACGUGGGACUGGCGCCGGGAGCCUCCGUACGGGCCCACAUCCAGAACAUCGACCUGCUGCCUUACGGAGGUCGUGCUCCCUCGCCCAGCGAAGCCCUUCGAAGAGAUACCCAAUCGAAACCAAAGCAACGAUCGUACGAACGGAGGCGGAGAUGAUUUUACAACCUUACUUCCUAGCUAGUUUUAAGAAGCCGUGAAUAUUUUCGAACAAGUACCAAAAUAUAGCAAUGUAAAUAAAUUAUUUCCUUCCCCAAAAA